AUGCCGAUUCGAUCACGAUUCUCGAUCCCAGUACCUCUAUCAUCUAUUCCUACCCAAGUCUUCGGCUCGGCCGAUGGGCCUCUCCCAGAAAAACUUGCUUUCGCCGAUUGUGAAGCUCCCGAGAUACUCCGGCUCACACUCCACGAUUACAGAGAAUGGUCCAAGAGACUCGCCGCCGGAUUGAUCCAAGCGGGUUUGCAAGAUGGUGACCGCGUACUAUUACAUUCCGGCAACAGCAUCUUCACGCCCGUCGUGGCGAUGGGUGUCAUCAUGGCCGGAGGGAUUGUCAGCAUGGCCAACCCAAUGUUCGUCCCGAAAGAGCUCGCACACCAAGUACGAGACUCGGGCGCUCGGUUCCUCCUCACAGCCACAGACUUGAUGGAGUGCGCAAACGAGGCAGCAUCUCUUGUCGGUCUCGAUCAAGACUACGUGUACAUCUUUGACGACACGCCGCUGGCUGCUCCGAAUAGGCCUCUGAGUACCUCACAACAAAAGCACUGGAGUUCAUUGCUUGCCGGUCCAGCGGAAGGGACGCGCUUUCGAUGGGAGGGCUUCUCAACCGAAGACCAAGCCAACCGCACAGCGUUCCUCUUCUACUCUUCCGGCACCACGGGAGUGCCCAAAGGUGUGGAAGUCACGCAUCGCAACAUCGUCGCCAACAACUGCCAGAUCAUCCACCACCAGAGGCUUGACCCACGUUUCCGACAGCUGGACGAGGCUGGCAUAGCCACAACAAUCUGCCCGUUGCCUAUGUACCACGGCCUCGGCUUGGUUAUGUGUGCGCUGGUCUCGCCCGGCCGUCACGUUCCGGUAUAUAUAAUGAAAAGAUACGACGGGAGAAAAUUGGUCCAAUACAUUGACCGCUUCAAAGUGACCGAGCUGCUUCUCGUGCCCCCUAUCCUCAGAUGGAUGGCGAAGGACCCGUAUGUGCGCAGCGGUGGGGUCGACCUCUCGAGCGUCAAACGGGUGGCCUGUGGAGCCGCACCUCUGUCUGUCGCUGCCACCAAGGAGUUCGAAUCGUUGUGGGAAAAUGGCCAAGUGAAUGUCAAGCAGGCUUGGGGGCUGUCUGAGUAA